AUGACCGCAGGGAGCGGGGGGCCACAAGCCUGGAAGAGGGUCGCUGUCCUAGUGAAGGUGCAGUCAUCUCUACCCUCGCCCGGCGGCAGGACCCCAGGCACGGCUGCGAGCCAGGCGGGCGCUGGAACUGGCACGAGGACGCUCCCGAAGUCGGCCGCCAGAGGGCGCGGCCGGAGUCGGCGCGGCGGAGCCCGAGGAGGGAGGAGGGGAGCCGGCGGAGAAGGGUCAGCCGCGGCGGCACGGGCGACAGCGGCAGCCGCGCAGCUCGGCUCCCCGCGCGUCUCCCGUCCCCACGCCCCACCAGGGCGCGCAGCUCCCGCCGCCGGGAUGCUGCCGCCCGCUCGCCGUGGCCGCCGCCUCGCGCUCCCAGCGCUGCUCUCGCUCCUCACCUGCUCACUGGCUUUUGCUUUGGUUUCUGAAGAUCUAAAGAACAAGGUCAAGCAGUCUAAGAAUUUGGAGAAAAGUGGUGUCUCAAGGAAAAGUGACAUAGAUUUAAAAGGAAUUGUAUUUGUCAUCCAGAGUCAAAGUAAUUCUUUUCAUGCAAAGAGAGCAGAACAGUUAAAAAAAAGCAUCUUAAAACAAGCGGCACAUCUUACACAGGAUCUCCCCAGAGUCCUUCUUCUUCAUCAGCUGUCUAAGCAUGAAGGUGCAUGGACCAUACUUCCACUGUUACCACACUUUUCUGUAACAUAUAGCAGAAAUUCAUCAUGGAUUUUCUUCUGUGAAGAGGAGACAAGAAUACAAAUUCCAGAACUCUUAGAAACACUCAGAAGAUACGACCCAUCAAAGGAAUGGUUUUUAGGAAAAGCAUUACAUGACGAAGAAUCUACAAUAAUUCACCAUUAUGCCUUUUCUGAAAAUCCUACGAUUUUUAAAUAUCCAGACUUUGCUGCUGGCUGGGCCCUUAGUAUUCCACUUGUAAACAAGCUUACCAAGAGGUUAAAGAGUGAAUCCCUGAAGUCCGACUUUACGAUAGAUUUAAAACAUGAGAUUGCCCUCUAUAUCUGGGACAAAGGCAAUGGGCCUCCCCUUACUCCAGUGCCUGAGUUUUGUACAGAGGCUGUGGACUCCUACUGUGCUACCACCUUCCAUUCUUUUCUACCUCUUUGCGGAAAUCCAGUGAAGAAAGAGGAUAUAUUUUUCGCAGUAAAAACAUGCAAGAAAUUUCACAGCGAUAGAAUCCCCAUUGUAAAGCAGACGUGGGCGGGCCAGGCAAGUGUCAUUGAAUACUACAGUGAUCACACAGAAAGUUCCAUUCCUACAGUAGAUCUGGGAAUUCCCAAUACAGAUAGAGGUCAUUGUGGAAAGACAUUUGCUAUUUUGGAAAAAUUUCUGAAUCACAGCCAUGACAAAAUUGCAUGGUUGGUCAUUGUGGAUGAUGAUACAUUAAUAAGCAUCUCCAGGCUCCGACACUUGCUUAGCUGUUACGACUCAAGCGAACCGGUGUUUCUGGGAGAGCGGUAUGGUUAUGGCCUGGGCACUGGCGGCUACAGCUACAUCACGGGAGGAGGAGGAAUGGUCUUCAGCAGAGAAGCAAUCAGGAGACUUCUCGCCAGUAAAUGUCGCUGCUACAGCCAUGAUGCCCCCGACGAUAUGGUCCUAGGGAUGUGCUUUAGUGGGUUGGGAAUCCCUGUGACACACAGCCCUCUCUUCCAUCAGGCUCGGCCCGUGGAUUACCCCAGGGACUACCUUUCUCACCAAGUUCCCAUAUCCUUUCACAAACACUGGAACAUUGAUCCAGUAAAGGUGUAUUUCACAUGGUUGGCGCCCAGGGAGGAAGACAAAGCCAGGCAAGAGACACAGAAAGGCUUGAAGGAAGAGUUGUAAGACGAGCCGGCCUGGGAGCGCAGUUUGCGUCGGAGACAGACGUGGAGACAGGCGUCCUCCUGCUGAGCUGUGACCAUGCUGCUUCCACGGGCCAUGGGCACGGGAAGCCUUCUGACGUUAGGUGGAAAUUACGUAUACGGUAUUUUUGAGGGGGGAGGAAGCAGAGUCAUAGGGAAGACAGAUUUUUUUUUUUUCUGGGAAAAAAAUCAUUUGCUUUUGCAUUAUACAGUUACUGUAAUAUACAAUGAUUACUGUGUAUUUUCCAAGCUGUGAUACAGCAGCUUUAUUACUGUCACAGAAAAAUAAAUGGUACCAGAAGUCUCA